CGAAAAGAGAAAAACGCUUCUGUAAGCAAGUUUACAUUUUCACCGUUUGAUUGAAAGGAAAGAGCGUGCAAAAUGCUUUCUUACAGCUCAACAAUCAAUGGGCAAGACUUAAACACUAUUCUGAAUCGUUUUACUGACCAAAAUGUGAAGCUCAGACAAAAGGAAAAAUCAGACGCUUUAAGGUCGUGGCAGCCCAUUGUAGAUAGCAUAGUUGAUUUCGUGAGGCAACGAGACGCUCAUCGUCGGUUCGUCAAACUAAAAAUUCUUCCUACUGGAAGUUAUUAUGAAAGGGCCAAGGUUGGCGAGCCAGACGAGUUCGAUUUAAUGUUGGAAAUAGAGAACUUGGAACUGGACGCUGCACCUUAUGAAGAGUACGAAAACGACGGUAUGAGCGAACCGCCAACAGGUAAGGUUCUCAAUAAAGUAAAAACCCGCAUAUAAGAACCUAGAUUUUUCCAACUUAGCCUAAACAGAUUCUUAUAGAAAUGGUAUUUAGUGGGAUUUUAGGCUUCUUAGGUUCUUUAAUAGGUUCUUAAUUUGAUAGGGGCACUAGCGAUCGGGCUAGCGAUCAGGACAGAUAAUAGUACAGGGCAGCUAGAGUGUGAUAUGGAUUAUAAUGCUUUACAUAAUAAAUAAUGACCUAGAAAACAGUUUAGAUAAUCUUACAGUAAACUUAUCUUUCCAAAGUACUAGCAUGUAUCAGAUGUAUGUCUUUGAUGCUGCAGUGUCCAUAAAAUGCUGUGUUACAUAUUUUAUUCUUGAAUUUUACUGACUGAAGCCUAGACUAAAUUUUUUCUGUAUUAUUAAGUUCGUGUGUGCCUUCAUUUUUGUAAAAUAAGGACCUAUUAGAAAUUUUAGGCUAAAUAGGUUCUUAUGAAAAGGGGGUUUAAAAUGAAAAUUUUAGCCUAACAGGUUCUUAAAUUUUAGGUUCUUAUACGCGGUUUUUACUGUACGUUCAAAGUGAUCACAUAAUUAUUACUCGAGUACUUUGGUAUGGUUUUUGAUUGCUUUAUGUUAUUGUUAAAUACAGCCAACGACGACAUCAAAGUUCUUGUUAGAAAAAACUGAUACAGUAAUAUUAAUUCUCGUAUUUAAGCUAAAUGAUAACUCGGUUCUGAAAAUAGCAGGGGCGCAGCGACCUGCACGCAUGGUACGCACGUGCGCAUAGUCGAGGGUAAGAAAUAAUAAAAUAUAUCACAUAUUGAUAAUAUACUACCCUGGGUACCAGAGGUUUUUCUCGCGUGCGGCGGGAAUUUUCGGUUGGCCGAAGGCCGAAACCACGAGCGGCGAAGCCGCGAGAAAAACGCGCGGGUCACUAUGAAGACUUGACAGAAACCGGAAACCGCGCUAGAAAAGUCUCUGGAACCCAGGGUAAUAAUAUACACAAAGCUGAGAGAGUCUCCUGGUUUAAAAUUAUUAGUUAAGAAGCGGUGUGAUUCAUCGAUGGGCUGAAUCUUGAAUAAAGUAUUCAUAGAAAAGACGGGAAAAAGUUUUAUUUGUUCUGCAACGAGGUUUUACCUGUUACCAUCUUCUAUGUCAUUUUUGGAAAGAAAAGGUACCCGUUUUGUGUACCUCACAUUAAAAAAGUGUACCCCUUUCACAUACCUACUUUAAGACUCUGCACCUGUUUUUCUACAUCCUUGUAUUGAAGUUAAUCCACAUUAUGAAAGAUCAAACACGUUAGAAGGUGCAUCUGUUCAAAUUUAUCAUCUUAAUAAUAGGUCCUUUUAAAGACCAAAACGACAGAUUUCCAUACCCUUUCAAAUACUUCAACCCAUGAAACCCUUUUAUAUACCUGAAGCGUGAAACGUUGUCUCUUUCGGAAAUGCCUGUUGAUAUAGGCCAUUAUAGAGAGUAUAACCCCCAAGGGACUGAUGAUACACCACUGUUGUAUUUGGAAACCCUUUUACUUCCAAAUAGCACGUGAACAGUAUGUGCACCCUUAGAUUUGAACUUGUUUAAAGCGUUAGCCCGCAUUUGCAUUAUGCAAUGCCAGAAUUCACUUUCACCUUCCCUUUCAAACAUCUGCCAUGCACAAUUGGUGACGUAAUUGUUGAGACGUUAUCCUCAACUGGCUGCUUUGGAGAACUAAACAAUCUGCACCCUUGCCCUCUCCCCUCAGUUCCAAGUUGGAGUGUCUGAUGAUUUUUAAAGUUACCGUUGUACCGAGUAGUGCAAAAUUGCUUCUAGAGAGUGGGGAAGGAAAACUUUACUUUCCCCUUUGAAGUUGGCAAAAUGUAAUAAUGCUCAAAGGCAAAGUGUGUUAAAUAAUUUUGUGUUCCCAACUGCAAGCUAAGAAACUGUCAGUGACAAUGCCACCUACUUUCAGAGCUUUUUUUUUGUCCGCAGGAUUUACUAGAGUAAUGAUCGAUAGGGGUGACGAAGUGCUAUGGCAGCGGGAAGGGUGCGCCAACUCCCGAGGAAUGUUAAAAGCAAGCCAGAUUAAAGCAGUGUUUGCAAGAAUUGUUAGAGAAGCUGUUUCCAACCUGGGAUAUCAAAGGUACCACUCCAUAAGCAAAGAUUUUGUAUUAUCUGGGAAAAUACAUGUAUUGAUUGUAAACAUCAUUCAACUCUAAAUUAGAGGGCUUGAAUUAACAAACAUUAUUACCAGUGUCAUAUCACAGGGAAGGGUUGAUUCACAUUCACCAGCCCACACAAGUAGAAACUGACAUGUACAGGUAAGUAAGGGACGAAAUCACUGCCGUUAAACGCUUGCUUCAACAGCAUGCAAAAGUUGUCACUUUAACUGAGUGCACAAUAUGGGCCUUUCUACCAAAGACUUAAAGCAUUUCGAUUAAUUCUGGGUCCCUUUUUUAAUCCCCUUCCCUCCCACCCAAUGCACAAAACACUCACAGGAGUUAACAAAUGUAUUGAAUCAUUUGAUAGCAAGACUAAGAACUGAGGACUUAGCCUUCAAAUUCCAGUUUAAGAUUACACACUCACGGAGCAAUAAUAGACACAGUUGAGACCUACAUUGUACCAACAAGGUCAUUAUUAAUAUUGGAAAUGAAGCAAAAAUAGAUUUCAAAUCAUUGUGUAGCCAGAAUGAAAGAAGCACUACUGCAUCACGAAAUUCAGCCAAAUUAGGAAAUUACAAAAUGCCAGUUAAAUUAGGAGAAACAUAAAAAUAACCGCUUAAAACUUUAAAGGAAGGUGAAAAUACCAUAACAGAAAAAACAGAUGCCACGGAUGGGCAAAACUGAAGAAGAUUGAAAUUAGGGUUUUUGAAAACUGUUCAGCCUAACAGUUUUUCAAAGUUGAUCCCUGCUGCUUGCAACUUCACAAAUAAUGCUCAGGAGACAUAUUAAUUUUGUUUGUCUCGGAUCUCUGGUUUUGUCAUUUACCUCUAAUUUCUUUGCUUACUUUAAGUUCCAUAGCGAUUGAGGGCUAGUAAUUGGCAAAAUUAAACAAAAUGAACUAGACUGCCGUGACACAGCCCCUUCAAUAGGCACAGUUUUCAAGUGUCAUGCAUGGCAAUGUCAUGAUGGUGAACAUAAUUAUGUUGGUGUUGGGGUAAAAAGGGGGUCAAGGGGAACAAGUUAUUUUUCAUAAUGUGACUAGCCUGUGCUUUUUCAACCUUUUGAAUGGAACUUGGCCCCAGUCUAUUACUUUUUUGUCCAAUAAUGUUAAAGAGCUUACAUCACCAUUGUUUUUAAUUAGUGAGUACAAUGUAUAAAUUUAUAAAUUGUACUCACUAUCUGUCUUAUCACUGGCUGAGAGCCUACAGCUAAUUUUGGAAAUCGGUGCAACCUACAGAUUAGUUAGUUAUCAGCUGCUAGCAGAUAACUGACUAAUCUGUAGGUUGCACGCGCAAUGCAUGAUUUCCUCUAACAAUAUCAGUUCAGGUUCCUUGGGACGGUGUGUUUGUCAUUAUUUUCUUCAAAACAAUGUAUAAUAAAACAAUCAUUAGAUUCAGUUCUUAUGAUAUCCUAAAUAAUCAAGGACUUGGUAAGUGUUAUCAGCCUUGGCCUUUGGCUCGGCUGACAACACUUACCUCGACCUUGCUUAUUCUGGAUAUCACAAAAACCUCAUCCAAUAAUAAUUAUAAUCAUAACUAUAACAAAAUUGUCAAAUCUGAUUGGCUAUCAACUGCCCUGAUUUCAGCCUUAAUUGGAUAGUUUAAUAGGACAGUACGCGUCAUGCCUAAGUGAUUGGACAGUACGCGCCAUCAAGCGCGCGCUUAAAUGGCUUUUUUUUCAAGCUAGCAAAAGAAAAUGUCGAAUUUCUUGUGUUUUGAUUUAAAAAAUAGCCUAUUAUAUCACAAAUUUUGUUAAAGUUAUGAUUAAUUGGUAACAGAACUUCAUGUCGUCCAAUUCGGUCUGUAAUCAUACUCGUGAUUAAACAAAUCAGACUAUUACAGACCGAAUUGGACUCCACUCAGUCCUGUUACCAUUACUUAUUGUAUAUAAUAAUUGUUGAUAAUUUAUUGUUUAUAAUUAUGUAAUUAUGUUUAAUUAAGGGCUCCAAAAUUUUAUAUGUACAUGUAAAUAAAAAGUGUUAAACCUAUACUGCAGUGUGCAAAGAAAGUAGUGUCCGAUAGCCAGGGGCUAGUGGAUUUUGCUAUUGGGCUGGUGAAUUCUGUUUUUAACUUGCCCGACGGGCAAGUGAGGGGCAAGUGAUGUUUUUUGAGGAAUUCGAAUAACAGAAGAACUGUGAAAUCAAUUCUGCUAUGACGUCUGGGCUAUAGUAAAUGCUCGCUUCAGCUUGCCCAAAUGGCAAGCUGUAAAAAUGAUUUUCUUUGCACCCUGCACUGUAACAUGUAGAUGCAACAUAAUAGUAAUAAUUUAUUACAUUAGGCUCUUCUCUUUCCAAUCUUUAGCUUUGUUGUUGUUAAGUCAGAAGGUCCUGCAGUGACCUUGAAAAUUACCAGGAAUGGGAAAGAAUACUCCAUUGAUCUAACCCUUGCCAUAAAGGAUAACUCUUGGCCAGAAGAUGCUGAGGAAUGGAGGACAAGACAUCGAAAUGGUAUUGUUUUUACUGAACUCUUGUUCCCUAAACAGAAACUUCCAACUGAACCUAGUACAUUACACAGGUAUCUUGUAAUGCUGACACUGUUCAGCUGUUGUUUUACGUACAGUGUAUGACUAGCUACAUUAUUGCUGGUGCAUCUGAACUAUUAUGUCCAAUGUGAUCUUUCCACACACAUAUAUCAUUUUGUGUUUUCAUUGCAUUUAUUUAGGUUGGCCCAGUCAUGACCUUGUGCGUGAAAUUUGUCAAGAUGGUUGUCACUUGGUGGCAAAACAACCAAAAGGGAUUACUGGUCCCGAUAACGAAAAAGGAUUUCUCUGGAGAUUUUCUUUUUCAACAGCGGAAAAGAAGCUGUUUCUCAGAGGGGGCCAUGGAGAAGCUAGCUCUUGCCGAAAGCAAGUAUUGCGUAUACUGAAGGCACUAAAAGAAGAAUUAAGCCUUCAUCCACUGAAGUCGUACCACCUUAAAACUUUGCUGUUAUAUGAGUGUGAAGCCUAUCCUCACUCCUGGGAGUGGAGCUUUGGUUGCUUAAGUGAGAGAUUCCUUGGCCUUCUAUUUAAGCUUGAGGGAUGUUUGAGACAGAAAAAGUGUCCUCACUAUUUUAUCAGAAAUUUCAACUUGUUUGAGCAAUUCUCUAACCAAAGUUGUCUUAAUUUGGCUGACCGCAUAAAGCAGAUUAGACAAGAGCCUAAAACGGUCAUGAGCAAUCUUAUUGGACAGCAUUAA